GGCUUCGUCUUGAUAACAUCGAAAUAGUGCUUACUCACUGUGUUAGGAUCAAGAACACCUUCUCCAAGACAGCCCGGGAGUGUCUUUUCUUUCACACCCCGCUACUGGGUACACAUAUUGAUGUACACACCGAACAUGCAAUUUUGUUCAGCUUCCCUUACCUUCACUUUCUCACCCAGGUUUGCGCGAGACGGUGCGCCGCCAACCCGCUUUUUAUUCCCGUCAUUCACAAGUUCCCCUCUUUUCGACUGCCGCAUGAUGUGCAUGCUAGAUUCUUCUCGUUGUGCCUCCGAGUUUUUUGUCGUUCAUUGUCUUUCUCUUUCUCCUUGAUUGUUCACUGACUUUCUUCGCUGCAAAAAAAUCAUAACAAAAACGAGAUGGCUUCGGGCGGGCGCUGGGGCGGCUACUACAAUGAAAAGGGGAAGUUCAUUUACGGUCAGGUGCCGGCGCACGUCGUGCAAAAAGAACAGUACCAGCUCGCCAAGCAUGCAGCAGCGGCAGCACAAAGGAAUGAUCCUUUUAUGAAUUUCGAACAAGAUGAUGAGGCAGCGGCGGCUGACGCCUUGCCCUCAGACGACCGGGGUGGUGGACCCACAGAGGCGUGUCUCCUGGACCCUGGCUUAGCCUCGGCAUCGAGCGGAGCACUAGCUUCAGGUAGUAGUGCCGCGAACGGCGGGAGUUCCAGUUCUUCGUCUUCCACAUCAGGUACCUCAUGAAUACUAUAUAAAUUAUAAGUUGUUGGACAUCGACAUGAAGAAAGAGAAACGCAAUGAAUAUGCAGAUUCAUAUUGCUUGUUUUUUUGUGAAGUUGCAAAUUUUUUGUGAAGAUCAGUAGGUGUAGGGAGGAUCCAUCUUAGUUAUCUUUCUGCCAACCAACCUGCAGUUCGCAAAAUAAAUUUGAAUUGCCAAAAUACAAAGUAGCAAAAGCGACUACACCACAGCGCCAAAACAAGCCGACUUACCGCCGCCGCCGUCAGACUCAGAAGAUGAGGAACCUGAUGCGGAGACAAAAGAGAGGAUGAAUGACGUAUUCGCAAGCUUUAUGUCCGAAGUUAAUACUAUUGGAAGCCGUCGGCAAAAAGCGAACACUAAGAAAUUCGGAUCAGCAGCGGAGCUCAUCGAGAGAAUCCUCGAUAAAGCAAGAAGUACUACUAUUUCUUUUUGACGAUUGGGAGUCUUAUUCAGCCUAUGAACCUUUCCAUUGACAGUUACUUAGUUCAAUUAGGAUUGGUAUGAAGAUGUUUCACUUGAUGUACGAACGUAGUCAUGAUCAUUUUCGACUUCGUUCCAUUUUCUCAUAAACUCCUAACAUACUGCUUGCUACCUUGUAAUUGUAUUACUUGAGACCCUCGUACAAUUCCUAGGUCCGUUCGAGAUUCUUGGUGUGACACCGGAUGCGGCGGUGUCAGAGAUUACGAAGACGUAUCGUAAUAUCUCUCGUAUUAUCCAUCCGGAUAAAUGUCGCAUUGAGCGCGCCCACGACGCAUUUCAGAAGCUGCUCGAGGCAUACAGCGAACUGAAGGACGGCAAGGGCAAAGAGCGCUAUGCCGAAAUCUGGGAAGAAGUAAAGACGACGCUGUUGAGGCAGCGAGAGGAGAUCAACGCUGAGAAAUUGAAGAAGGGCGAAGACGACUUGCUCCCAACCGAAGGCCAGGAAUUCGACGAAGCGGUUAUCGCUGCCUGUGAGGACCGUCUAGAAAACAAGGUGGAGGAAGAAGACUAUGCGUCCAAGGUACUAUAAUUUUUGAUCAUCAACAUGAUUUCCUACUUAAUAUAACGGACAGUGAUGUAAUCCACAUCAAACGCGAACCAUGACUAUAAUUUUUCUAGUAGAUGUUGAAACAGAUAUACUCACUGGAUCUGGACAUUAUCGUUUGUGUUAAUGGCGUGCUUUUUUUUUAUUCAUUGUUGCUUUGAUCUUUACAGGUUCGUAAAGCGAACGAAGAGCGAAUAAAGGAGCGGGAGGAGAAGGAAAGAGAGGAGAAACGAAAGCAGGCGAAUAUGGAAAAAAGUUUUAAGAAAAACAUGGAUAAACGAGUUGCCGGCUGGCAGUCUUUUAACGCGAACAUCGCGAGUAAGCGAUUCAAAUCAAAUGCUUGGGGUAUGGUCGGUGUGGUCGGAGCAGCCGACAGGCAUCAUAAGCGCGAGGAGAAAACUGAGUUACAGCGGGAGCAGGAAAAUCGAAACAUUGCUGAGGGAGGGCAAAAGCGAAAAGCAGCUGGGGUCGAUGACGAAUUCAAAACCAAGUGGAGAUAGGAUUGUUCUUGGUUGCUGUUUUUUAUUGAAGCAAAAAACUUACAUGUAGUGUACGACACCCACGACGACUGAUCGAUCCUCAUUUUUGUAUUUCAUGCUCCGGCUGACGGCUCAAUAUUUUCCCUUGUCCGUCAAACUCCCUGUGUGUGCUACCAAGUAGCCCCCUAGUCCUCACUACAUUAUCACUCCCUCAUCCUCGUCCAAUGAAUCAAUAUGCGGAACAAUUUGGAGCAAUUCGAAUAAGAGCCUGAACAGCGUCAGAGGACUGAUUGCUCAUAGUAUUUAUCCGUGACAAAUGGAUCAUUAUAUGAGAAGUAAGAUUUCACUCACCAGAACCAU